CGCACGUACCGUUCCAUACGACAAGUAUAAAAAGGGGAUCUCAUUCUUUUUGGAUAAACAGUUCCUUGCGACUUCCCAGGAAAUCCAUUUCAGCAAAAGCCGUUCUCCCUAACUCUUAAAGAUGUUUAAAAUCGCCAUUAUUGCUGUGAUGACUGUUCUUGCCAUGAUAGCACUGAGUUUCGCGCAUCCAUCGUCAUAUGAGUACAAUGCCCAGAAAGGAAGAGACGCUAAGGGUUAUGAAUAUAGCGCUUCACCUGCUCCUGUUUACGGCUCUGGGUAUGACAAGACAAUUUACGGGGAAUACGAAGGCCAUCCGGGACUCUACAAAGAAACCAAAGGCUACUAGAGGUUUAUGCUGGCAAAUUUUAUUUUAUAAAUCUUCAGAUAACACUAUACCACUACCCGGGAUUUGUAAACAUGCCUUUUUACGCAUCGAUGCGAAAAGUUCUGAGGUUCUCUCGGGUUCUCUCUGGUUUUGAGCAGUAACAGAAUACACCCAUUUAUAUUAUUAAA